AAUUCCCAACCCCGCGUCUUGGUAAUGCAAAGAUAAAAAACUAUGGGUUUCUUUUGUUUUUUUUAAGAAAAUGGAGAAUAUGUGAAGUAUAUGGAGAAGAAGAGAGAGAAUCCCAUGGCGAAUUUGUGCUUUUCCGAUGAGAAUCCGGCGGUGACAGCAACUAGUUUCGGUGGAGGCAUAUUUGACAUGGCGGCAUGUGAAGGUAUUAGUGGCGGAGAUAACAAGUGGGGGUCUUUAGGUUUCAUGGACUUGCUCGGCAUCAGUCAAGAUUUCAUUGCUCCUUCUUUAUUCGAUUCCUUUCAUCCUCCACCACCGAUUCUUCCACCACAACCGCCGCCGACAACAUCAUCUGAACUUCACCGACAACAACUACAAGGUCUUCCAUCACCGGCUUCCACCGUGCCGGAAUCUUCAGAGGUUUUAACCAACCCGACAACCCCAAACUCUUCCUCCUCUUCUUCAUCUAAUGAAGCUGCAAAUAAUAUUCAUGAGCCAACCAAAGUUGAAGAUAACGAAGGAAAAGAGGAGGAUCAAGACGAGACCAAGAAACAGUUGAAACCCAAAAAGAACCAAAAAAGGCAAAGGGAGCCGAGAUUUGCUUUCAUGACAAAGAGUGAAGUUGAUCACUUAGAUGAUGGCUACCGUUGGAGAAAGUAUGGACAAAAAGCUGUGAAAAAUAGCCCUUUUCCCAGGAGCUAUUAUCGUUGCACCAGUGCAGGGUGUGGGGUGAAGAAGAGAGUAGAGAGAUCAUCCGAUGAUCCGACGAUCGUUGUCACGACUUACGAAGGGCAGCAUACGCAUAAGUAUCCGGUAACACCCCGAAGAACGAUCGGAAUCGGCCUGGAUCCCUCUGGUUUCAAUGUGCCUCAACCUCAGUAUUUACAACAGCAGCAACAAUUACAACCCGAUAUAUAUAACUCAUCACCUUCUUUGAACAUUAGUACUACCACUGCUACUACUACUACUAGCUUUAAUACCUCGUUCCCUAAUUUCCUUCAAGAGAGACGUUUUAAUACUCCUAGUUCUUCAGCUUCAUUGCUUAGUGAUCGUGGGCUUCUUCAAGAUAUUGUUCCAACACAAAUGAUGAAAGAGUCAAAGGAAGAACAGUACGAUAUUGUUUUUAAUUAUAAUUUUAAUGGUAUGUAGUUUCUUAAUCCUUCACUAACUGAUCCAU